AUGAAGAUAUCGGCGAGGGGGGACCCCAACAAGUAUUGCAGGUUUUACCGGCAGAAAGGACACGAUACAGACGAAUGCAUCCUCCUAAAGAGACAAAUCGAGGAGCUCAUCCAAAUGGGUUACCUCGGCCAAUUCAUUAAGAAGCCCGGCCAGGCGCAAGGCCAGAAGCAAGGCAGUGUAUGGAGUAAGGGGGGUGGCCAGGCGCCAUCCACCUCGGCACCCCGUAAGAGGUACCACGACCACAACUCUGAGGAGGAGGAGAAGACGACAGAGGACUCCCAGCCCCCGAGGAAACGUACCAUCUACGUCAUCUUCGGGGGGCCCGAGGAAAGGGACUCGCCAGCCGAGCGAAAGAGGUGGGCGAGAAGCUUGUACGUGGGGGAGGUCACACGAACUCCCCACGAGAAGAAACCGAAAAGGGAGCCCAUCACGUUCACCGACGCCGACCUGCCAGACAGCCCCCUCCCCCACCGAGACGCCCUGGUAGUCAAGCUAGACAUCAACAACAUGGUGGUGCACCGGGUGCUCGUAGACACGGGUAGCUCGGUGAACGUCAUGUACUACGACACAUUCACCCAGCUGGGACUUUCAAGAGAGCACCUAGAACAAGUACGGACCCCCCUGUCUGGGUUCACGGGAGACUCAAUUGAGACGAAGGGGUCGAUCACUUUGGAGGUGGAGAUAGGCAUCCCACCUCACACCAGGAGGUGA